CGCGCUGACAUCCGGUGGGUUUGUGGCGUCAUAUCCGCGCCAAUCUUGUCCGACGUCGAUUUUGCAAGCGGCUAACGUCAGAUUGCGGGAGCCUUUGCGGUCCGUCGUUAUCUUGGCUUGGCUUUAGCCAUGCUCUCGGGCGACGCAGUUGUUGCUCAUCGGGACUGUUGGGCCUCGCACGCCUCCUGAGGCGGCCUCUUUGCCGAACGUCGCUGCGACGAGCUCGAGCUCGAUCUCGGCCGGACGUUAGCGUCGCUAAAGUCCCCGCUCAUUCGGCCUCUCGGGCUCGCUCGCGUCGCGAUGGCUUCGUCGUCCGGCGCCGACGACGACCUGACGAUCCCUCGCGCCGCCAUCAACAAGAUGAUCAAGGAGACGCUGCCCAACGUGCGCGUGGCCAACGACGCGCGCGAGCUGGUCGUCAACUGCUGCACGGAGUUCAUCCACCUCAUCUCGUCCGAGGCCAACGAGAUCUGCAACAAGUCGGACAAGAAGACCAUCUCGCCCGAGCACGUCAUCAACGCGCUGGAGAGUUUGGGCUUCGCCUCGUACAUCGCCGAAGUGAAGGAUGUGCUGCAGGAGUGCAAGACGGUGGCGCUGAAGAGGAGGAAGGCCAGCUCGCGCCUGGAGAACCUGGGAAUUCCCGAGGAGGAGCUGCUGCGCCAGCAGCAGGAGCUUUUCGCCAAGGCGCGGCAGCAGCAGGCCGAGCUGGCGCAGCAGGAGUGGCUGCAGAUGCAGCAGGCGGCGCAGGCGGCCCAGAUGGCGGCGGCCGGCGCCGCCCGGCAGGCCGGCUCCUCCCAGGACGAGGACGACGACGACGACGCGUGAGAGGCCGAGCGGACGGCCGCCGCCGCCGACUUUGACCGUUUUGUGGAAAUUGGCAACCGUUGUGGUUGUUGGGACUUUUUGUUUCUUCUUCUUCUUCUUCUUCUUCUUCUUGUUGGUCAAGUGUCGACGUCGCAGUAUUACUGAGCCGUGUCACCCAAGAUGGCCGCCAGCGUGUCAAAGAUCAUGAUCACAAUGCUGAUUCGAGGGGCCGUUUGUGUUCACUUGUUCA